AUGGCAAGAUUAACAGACUCAAAGUUCGCUAUUAUCAUUAUUAUUAGUAGCAGUAGUAGUAGCAGUAGUAGUAGCAGUAGUAGUAGCAGUAGUAUUAGUAGUAGUAGCAGUAGUAGCAUUUCAUCACUCGCUAUAUUAUCAUGUAAUCACCAACCGCCACCAUCAAAACAGACUGAAGAACUACUGAUCAGAACGGGGGAUUUUUUAGUUCGGGAAAGUCCCAAUUCCCCCGGACAAUACGUCCUGAGCGGCAGGCAGGGUCCCACCGUUAAGCACCUGUUAUUGGUCGACCCAGAGGGGAAGGUCAUUUGA